CCCUGGUGGGCCCCUCGCUCCCACUCCACUCCCCAAGUCCCCAAGGGCCGGGGAAAGGUCUCGUCCCUGUCCAUAGGAGCCACGUCGACAGUCGUAUUCAAGCAAACUAUUUACUCGGUAAACACCUAAUCAUCUUAGGUGUGGCAGGACGGGCACGGAGACAUUUCAUUUCGUCUGGCCCCAUGGAGGAACUCGAAGAGCCGAAAUUGGCCAUGAGGGGCCUGAACGAACGGCUGAAGGGGUUCCUGGAGCAUGUGAAUCAGUUGGAACAGACCAACUGCGAAUUGGAGGAGCAGAUUGAGGAGUGGGGAUUCAGGAACGUCGCUCCGCGGCAGGACUGGAGCGACAUGGAGGUGCUGGCACAGGAACUGCGAGCUCAGGUUAGGAUGAUCAUAAUGGAAAAUGCAGAAGUUUUGUUACAAUCUGAUGCAGUGAAACUCAGGGCAGCACAUUUAAAGACAAGGUGUGAAACCGAGGAGAAACUCCGACUCCUGAAGGAGCAGGAGGUGUCACAGCUGAAGCUAAAGAUGAAAGAGAUGGAAAUGGCCAACAGCCUCCUGGAAAAGCAGCUUCAUGAAUCCCAGAAUGAGUUACAGCAAAUCAUGGAGGAACAUGAGAGAGAGCUGGAUCAGCACCAGCGGCAAGCAGUAGAGGAGUGUAAUAGAGUGCUAGCGCAGGUUGCUGCAGGAGAGGAUGGCAGAGGAAUGGAUCUCUCCCGUACCAGCACCCAGUGCGACCACUCCAGCCCAGCCCAGAGUAGCCCUGACUCAGCCACGCCACCAAAUCCAGCCCCAGGCUCCGGUCCGGCUUCACAGAGAAGGCCCCGAAAGGAUGCAACCAGCCCCACAGCUGCGUUUCCUCCACAGGUGAGAGCAGGUGAUGAGGCCCUGAAGGAGGCACGAGCCGAGCUCGCUGAGGCCCGGAAGCGAUGGCACCGUCUACAGGUGGAAAUCGAAUCGCUACAUGCCUUGGAGAGGAGUCUCCAAAGCUCCCUACACCACACUCAGCUCCAGUACUCUGUGCAGCUCAAGGAUAUGUCCCGGUCUGUCAGGGGUCUGGAGUCUGACCUAGAAACUGUGCAGGAUAGUCUGGAAAUACAGAAACAGAACCAUAGUCAGCUCCUCAACACCAAGAUGAGGCUGGAGAGAGAGAUAGCAACCUAUAGGAAACUCCUGGAACACGAGGAGGGCAGGUUUCUGAACUCAGAUGGUCGGUCUCUAAAGCUGAAGCCAUGGAAGGGGUCAGUUCCUGCUCCAGAGCAGAAUGGCCUGCCCAAUGGAUGUGAUGAAGAUAUCGCUGAGCCAAUCUUCUCAGAGAGAACUUCAAAAAUGAGUCCGGCCCUUCAGCGACAGCAGAGUCUUGUCAUCCUCACAGAACCAGUUCUAAACAAAGAUGGGGAGAUCUGUACUGUGAAGACUCGGGAGAUUCUGGAAGGAAAUGUAGUGAGGGAGAGUGCCGAGGGUCACGGAAAUGUGGAGACAGAGAAGAUUGACAAGGUAAUCAGGCAAUGGGAAGGGUCAUUCUUUAAAGGAAAUCCCAAGCUGAGGAAGAAAUCUGUGUCUCUGCGUUUCGACCUUCAUAUGGCUGUAGCGGAUGAGGGUUGCAGCCAAACAAAACAGGACAGUCUCCCAAACGUGGAGGUCCGUCUGGUCAUGAGACGGUCUCGCAGCAUACCCACUUUUGCCCAGUGAUGUCAUAAUGCUACUACACCACAAUUGUGACAUCACCAUGCUACCACAUCACAACUGUGACCUCACAAUGCUACUGCAUUACAAUUAAGUAGUGGUGACCACGUCUCAAUGUCUCGCCGACUAAUAAAAGCGAAUCACUUUAGUAACGUUAUAAAACUCUUGCCAUUUGAAAGAAAAAAAGCGUCAUAUCAUCAGCAAAGCGUUCGAAAACAAAAACUCAAAUUGCUUUUAUGAUUGUAAUGAACUCAUGCAGAUAAAGCUACUUUAAGCUAAAGCUACUUAGAAAUUUCAAGGCAAAUUAAUUUGUAGUUGAUUUAUUUUACUUCAAACGUAGAUGUUUGAAGAUGAAUGGGAAGUACAAACGUCUUGCAGUGCUUCAGAUACAUUGUGACUUUAGAGUGUGACUCUCUGUGGACGCUCUACUGCCACAUUAUUGAUUAUUAGCACAUAUUACGUUACUGAAAACCUAUAAAACUAUUGGUUUGUGAAAAUGUGUAUAGAUUAUACAUCUAUAAAGCUGAAUCUUAAGUCUCAGUGAGAAAUGGUCAAUGUGGAUUCGGAGAUUUCUCAUUCAGUGCAGCGUAACAAAAGAUGCCUUAUUGUGUUUGACAAAUGUUACUGGAACCAAUUUUACACUCCAGUGAACGCUAAGGGGGUAUCAAGUUCUGGUUCUGCAGGAGGCUGUAGUGUGAACCAAAACAAAAUAUUGCGAAAUUUGCAAGUGUAGCAGAAAUCAGCAGCCAAAAUUAAAAAUUAUGGUGAAACCGAUGUACUGUCCUCACGAUAUUGCCUGCAUGGACGUGUACAGAAUGACUAGCAGUCUAUCACUGCGGGGAGAAUGAAAUGCUAAAAGUAAAAUGUUGACUAUGAACUUCUCUACUAAUUACUUUCUCCUAUAAAAGUUACAUUGCUUUGUAUUAAGGAUGCAUAUAGUUUACGCUUCAUUUAAAGUGCAAAUACUGUCUUCCAAUCAAAAAAUUAUGCAGGAUUGUUCAGAAAACUUGAAAUGAUCAUACUUCAACAACCAAAAAAAAAAGAUUUUUGCAUUUCUUAUCUGUAUAUAUUAAUCAUUUAAACUGAUUUAUUUGCAUACCCAUUAUGUUCUACCUCUGGUGGUUGUUGUACUGUAAAUACAUGGGUUUUUUCCUGAUGCAACAAAGAAAUGGAUACAUAUGCAUAUAUUUAAUUUGAAGUUAUAUUAAAUCUAUAUCCCUGAAAUAUGAUGAUAUCACCUCAUAGGUUUAGUUACUGCUUUCAUUCAUGUAAUGCACAAUCUAGUAUCAUACAGGAUUAACCUUUCACGUUUCAUUAUCUUUCAAAUUGUGACUUACUCUAAGAAAUGUGAAGAGAAAUUGCACCAUAUGCAUUGGUAAAAAUGUCAAUUUCAUAUGCACUUUAAUGGAUUAAAAUCAGAACAUUGCUAACUUUCAGAUUUUUCUCUGUACUCAACAUUUU